GUCCGUCACGGGGCAGCCCCCGGCCCGGACUCGGAGGGAUGCGGAGUGGCGGCCGCGGCAGUGGCGGAGACUGUAGCUUUAAGGGCGCGCCGGUAGCCCGCGCUGCAGCCGGGCCGAGCUUCGUAGCCGCGCACUCCAGUGGAGCCGAGCCUGGCGCGGGCCGGACGGGACAGCCUGCUGCCGGGGUGCUGAGUCCCAGUCCUGGACCUCUGCUGGGGGGUCCUUCCUCUGAAGACGUCGCCAGUGUGUGGAGCCUGCCCCACACCCACUCCCUGCCAAACCACGGCCUUUACCUGUGUCUUCCGGUGUUUCCCGUGCGACCCAUCCUGUGGGAGUGCCUCGUGGGCUACCCCGGAGUUCACCCCACGCUCAGCAGCGCCGAUGGUGAAGAUGACAAGAUCCAAGACUUUCCAGGCAUAUCUGCCCUCCUGCCACCGGACCUACAGCUGCAUUCACUGCCGAGCCCACUUGGCCAAUCACGAUGAACUGAUUUCCAAGUCGUUCCAGGGAAGUCAAGGACGAGCGUACCUUUUUAAUUCAGUAGUCAAUGUGGGCUGCGGGCCUGCGGAAGAGCGAGUGCUGCUCACGGGACUGCACGCAGUUGCAGACAUUUAUUGUGAAAACUGCAAAACCACCCUGGGCUGGAAAUAUGAACACGCUUUUGAAAGCAGCCAGAAAUAUAAAGAAGGCAAAUACAUCAUUGAACUAGCGCACAUGAUCAAGGACAAUGGCUGGGACUGAUCAGCAGCCACCCACCCCAGUGUCCGCGUGAACGCCAUCCAACCGAACAUUCUACCCGAGCGCGAGAGAGUGACUGAACACUUGGUUCCAUCCACUGAGGGGCCUUGGCAGCUGGGGCACCCUCUCACCCGGACGCCAUCUUGUUGGUGACUGGCCUCUAAAUCGCUGUCUCUGUCUCUUUGCUUUGUAUCUGUUUGUGAGUUGAUUCUGGCUUCUCUCUGUUCUAGUGUUGACUGAAAACAAAAACAUCUACAGGAACAGAUCCCAGCCCACCCUGAUCAGGGCCCCAGGGCCCCCUGAGCAAGAGCAGCCUGGUGGCUUCUGUCUGGGAGGAAGUGGAGGGGAGGCUGGAGGCCCCCAGGGGUGGGCGGAGGGCGGAAGGUGGAAUAAAAUCUCACAGUAAUGUGAGCUCGAAAUGAUAGACUUGUCUAAAAGGACAAAGAGGAGGGAAAAAAAAAAACAUACCUCACAUGACUGCAUUCUCUCUGACACCAGGUGUGUCAGGUUGGCAGCAGAGCACAAGCCCUCAUGAUUCAGGCAGGCAGGGCAAGAGCUGAGCCAGGACGGCCCUGGCAGCGACAGGCAGGCAAGCAGCCGCCCCCCCCCCCACCUUCCCAGACACAGCUCCGAGGUCUCGCUCAGCUCCUGAGUCACCCUCCUCGCUGCCCCAGCCACUGUAGGAAGGCCAUUUACAGCGGGCACGGGAUCCAGCUCUCCCAAAGGCUUUGGCCAGCAGCCAAGUCAAAUGAGUAAUCGAGGAGAGCAGGGAACAAAGAGAAUCUGCAGUUGGGGAGCUCUUGGAGAAAUGGCUCAGUAUCUGAGCCAGGGAAAUAAAAAUAGAAGCAGUUGUUAGCAAUCCUAUCAGUCUGACCUUGUUUCUGACCCUUAAUAAGCCUAAUGUGGCAAGGCGAGGGGGUUGGGUAGGGACCAUGCAAGGAACAACUGAGCUCGGAGUUGCAGUACAGACGAGGUUAGAGGGUGCCUCUCGCCUCUUUGCAUACGCAGUGACAUCAGUGGGAGCAGUGAUUCUUUGUUCCUAAAGUUUCUGGUGUUUUUCUCUGGUUGUAUCACUGUGGUCUGUGGAAAGUGAGGCCUCCAGGCUUAGUGUUAACCUGGCCGGUGGAUUCCUCGUGUGCCCUCCGUUCUUGGAUCUGAAGAGCUCCUAUCAGGUGAUCCAGUCAUGGGGAGGGUUUCAGAUCCCAGUAUGCACCACCCUGCCCUGUAACUCUUGGUUACGUUAGGCAAGUGGAGAACAGAUGCCUGUAAGACAGCUGAGAGGAAUGCAGGGGUUGGUCCCAUUUGAUUCACACCGUUCAGCCAGUGCAGGGCUUGUGGCUGAAACUCAUUUAGCUGAGUUUGUUAGCUGACUCGGUGUCAAGACCUCCAUGUUGGGUGAUUCUCAGCGUCUGGUUCUUGGCACAGGCUGAUCCCGUAAAGGAGCGUCCCUCAUAAGUCUCGUAGCAAAAAUGAGGUCGUGGAGGGAAGAAUCUGAUGCCAACCCGGUACAUUUUCAGGACUUGCAUCUACAGCAGAACCCGAUUUCCAGAGGGAGCGAGUCUACAGUGGAGAUGCAUUUUCUGGGUCUCCACGUGCUGACUAGAAGAUAGGAACUGCAUGCUCGGUGCAGACAGGAAGCAGGGCAGUACCCUGGUUAACAGUGUUCCACCUCUGUGUGGCCAAGAAUCCUUAAGGAUAGAACUCCAUUCUUCAAGGUCCCUUUUCAGAACUUUCCAGUGCUUUUAGUAGCCCUGGGGGAUACAUUGUGCUCCCCACUUUUCUGCCAGGUAGAUGGAGGCUUCGAAGUGUCAGUUUUGCUCCCAGCAAAAACAAUUCCUUUGUCUCUUAGGCCCAAAUUCCUGAUUUAACAAAUAUGAAUUUUUUGUUUCACUUUGACAUUCCUGAGCUGGCGUACCAGCCAGACAUCAUGGCUGUCCCCCCUUCCUGUCCCUCUGGGAGGAAGAGGUCAUCAUGUACACCUUUUGUAUAAAGCCUUCCUCAGGGAAAGUCCUGGCUCAAAAUGGAAUGUGGGGAUGUGGGGCAUGUGGGUGUGAAGUACCCCAGAGUUUCCAAGGGGCAGAUGUGGGGCAUCUCCCUGGAGAUGGGGCCUUGGACUGGUGUACGGAUCAGAGCAGGCUCCUAUCCAGACCCAGGUUCUAGUUUCUUCCAGUUACUGUCCUUGGGGCACCCAAUGGGUGUCCUCUGCGAUGUGAAAGGUAUGAGUGUUGGUUUCUCUGUAAGUAAAGGAACAAAACCAAACCAAACCAAGCGCAUUAGGCUUCCCUUGUAUCAGUGAAACCCAAAGUGCUUCUUAGACCUGUAACUGCGUUCAUGGCAUGUCUGACGUGAUCAGUAUUGCAGAGGCCACAGCUCGUGUCAUGGCGACUCAUCCACUCCUGGCCUCGGUCAGAUCCUUCUUUCGUUUCCUCACUAAAUUAUAAAACUCUGAGCAUAACCAAAGACCUCAUCCAUUCCCCUCAUGCAGGUUCAGGGAGUUGGGAGUUGGCUAACAAAGUACUUGGGCAGGAGUGUAGGGAGUAGAGAAGGGGGGUCAGGUAGAUGUGAGAAAGGGAAAGGCCUUGAAACUAUACCUCAGCCAGCAGCUGCCUUCAUUUCAAACUGAAGUCCAGCCGGCAGACCCCGUAGUGUCAUCUCCCCCCUGCUGUGCCACCCCAGGUCACACAGCCUCGGCCAUCCCAGAGUCCACCCCCAGGAGGACAGUCUCGGGCUGCUGAUGGAUGGAGUUGACCUGAAUCAAUACAGCCAAAGCUGAUGCCCACGGUCACCAGCUGGCCCUGAGGGAGUCAUGCACUAGCUCAAGUGACAGUAAGACCAUGUAGCUAGAGUCCAUCUUUGCUGGUGGAUCAGUGUAUGGGAAAGAGGUGUCCCCAUUAGAAGCAGAUCUUCAAGUGGAGAUAUAUACAUACAUAUAUAUAUAUAUAAAAGUUGCUUGUGAAAUAUACUUUUGUAAAUAAUAUUUAAUUUUUUAAAUAAUAUAUUUGGUGCUGUUUUCUCAGAUCCCCUGAGAGCACUUUUUAUUUUCAUUUUUAAAUUCUAUGGUCUUCUCCCCACCCCCGUGCAUUUCUCAAAGUAUGUUUUAAGGGAAACAGUGAUCACCAAUAGACUUUAAAAGCAAAACAACUCUCAUUGUGUCCUUGUGGACUGAGGCUUUAAAACAGUGCCCUCUGCAUGUGCCCCACCCCCCCGACAGACUCUACAGUACCUAACCAGAUGAGACUCGAAAUGUUUUCUUGCACCAAUAUCAGUUAGGAAAGAAAUAGAAUCAAUUAAAUUGCGUAGGAAUAAUGUAGAGUGGUUCCUUUGCUUGGAAGAAUUUCCAACAAAUUGGAAUCUUGAUUUUUUUUUUUUUUAAGUGUGUGUGUGUGUGUGCGUGCGCAAAAGCACUUUGGAUUGUGCCUCCUGUUUUUGUUAUCGGGGACACUAUAACUACAGUUUACAGCUCAGAAAGGUUUUCUAGAUUUUCUCCCCAUCAUCUUUAUUUCUAAGCAGACCAACAGCAUGAGCCUGGAGGGUCUGUUUUCUCUGAGCAUGGGAAAACAUGCUGGGCUGCUCCUUUCUUCGUGUGCUCAGCUUGAACAGAGAGAGGAGAAACUCUGGUUGUGGAGGUGGAGCAGCGUUCUGUCCAGGUCGGGCUUGCACCUGUGAUGGGCAUGUCUAAAAGAACAUCGAUAAAAUUAUAUCCAUACCUUAGAGGUAAACCGUUUCCUUUGGGUGGUGGUGUGGGCAGGUUGUGUGUUGAGUUCAGGUUGCCCUGGGUGCAGGCAGUGGGAGGCUGGGAAAUCACACGUGGAGCACAGCCGACUUACAUGUCCUACAGAAACCUGCCUCCAAUGAGAAGACAGGCUAAUCAACUUGUAGGAACUCUGGCAGUCAAAGCUGGAGCCACGAAGAAUCAAGUGACUCCCUCGUCACCCCAGGGCCUCGUGUCCAUGUGUCGUCUUCGUUCGCCGCCAGCAGAGACUGUCCUUGACUACAGAAUCUGUGUUGAUGCUUGUGUUUACAAACUGUGUUCUUUGGGUUUUUCUUGUUUUUGUUUGUUUUCUUCAGUGACAUUUUCCAGGUCACUUUACUCCAAUAACAACGGUGAUUGUUUUCAGUAAUCUGUCCUUGUCCUGUAUUUGUACAUAGAGAUUCAGUAUUAAAGUGCAUUGUUUCUGUCUUAUUUCCAAUCUGUGUUGGUGCUCAUUUGAGAAAAUAAAGUUUUCAAAUAUGAA